CUCAAGUACUCAGCCACUACUGGCGGGAAAUUCUAACACAGCCCUGGCCACUGCCCUGAAGAAGCCCGGUCUCUGUCGAUCCUUUUAUGGUUCUGUUUUUCUUCUGAAGUGUAAGCCUCACCUCAGCUGACAUCUCAGGAACUGGAAAUUCUACACCAAAGCAUAUUAAUUUUACUCUUCUAGUAUUAUGUCUAUUCCUUUGCACGAGACCUUAAAGGUGUGCGAUGGCGUCCCUGCAAAGACACAUUUUUGGGAAAAAAAAAAGAUGACUCAGAGGGUAGACAUCGUGUUUGAAAUUCCUCUAUAUUGGGAAAGGAACGGAAUACCUCUUGGAACAAUUUCUAUGAACACAGGCUUGCCAGAAGUGCCAGUAGAAGUUGCAGAUGACCAUUGUUUAAGGUACCCUGAUCAAUUGCUUUAUACAAAAAAAACUUUGCUGGGUGAACAUCAAAGAAAAAAAAAAACAACACCACAAACUGUCUGCCAAAGAGAAAAUUUGAGUAAAGCUGUAUGCUCCUUACUAAACUCUGGAGGAGGAAUAUUACUGAUUCCAAGUCAUGAUAAAGAUUUUGAUUACAAAAGAGAUGGGCUAGGACAGGACCUUGAAAAAGAAUUACAUACACUCAUAUAUAAACUAUCUGCAGGUGAUUACUAUGAUUUUUCUCAGGAAGGUUCAUAUUUAAUUCUAUUUGUUAAAAGCUGGGUUAUGCAAAAAAACCAUUGCAAUCUUUGUACACUAGAGACUGGUUUAUAUACGCGAAACUUCAGCUCAAAGGAAAUGGCAAGUGCUAUGCAGGUGAUGGAUGUUAUAGAAAAAAAAUCACAAGGAAAAUGGAAGAGAGCUCGCUCAUCUACAGUACCAAAUAAUCAGCCAAAUGUCCUAGAGAGUUUGCUGGAAAAAGAGUAUCUAUGUCUAGGUGAGAAACUGAAGAUUGCAGAAUCACAUUAUAUUGAGUUUAAAGAUUUUAGCACAGCCAAGUGCUCACAAAGAAUCCACGAAGCAAUUAAAAUAUAUUACUCGGCAUUUGGAAACAGUGAUGGAGGAUGCUUGAUUAUUGGAGUAGACGAUAAUGCAAUGGUGAAAGGGUGUGAAAGAGAUUCCAAAAAAUCAGAUCUUGAAACUUUCAUUAAAAAAGAUUUAAAAAGUCUGAUUCUUGUCCACCUUAAUAACUGUGAAUCAGAAAAUGAGUUUUACACUCUCACAAUUAAAGAUGUUCGGCACGAGAACAAACAUAUAGGAUACGUCAUUCUUUUGCAAGUGGAGCCGUUUUGUUGUCUUGGCUUUGUGAAAGAUCCUCGGUCUUGGAUACUAGAUUUUAAACCUGAUGAGGGAAAACAUCUACAGCCGAAGCAACUGACUGCAUCUGAGUGGGUGAAGAUCAUAACCAACCAGGAUUCAGGUAAAUCAUCUUUGCUUUCUUAUAUACAAGACUACUGUACUCAAACUGUUAGACUGCAGUGA